GAAUUGGCAGAUACAUACUUUAGUAUACCUUAGCACACCAACCGGGAAGCUUUUGUCCGAGACCAUGGGAAUAAUCGUAUCCACAGUAGUUGGGAUUAGUUGGGAUUUUCACUCCAAAAUAUGCCCGUCACCUAGACCGUAAAAGCCGUACUGUUUUACUUGUAAUUGGAAUCAAAAGCAAUGGUGUAACCGCACCGCACCCUUCGUACCGUGCUCCCUUGUGGAGUACCUAUAAUGAAGUUGGCUAAUUCCCUAACUUAGAAUGGAGAGUAAUUUACUUUGACCAAGCAGCCCGGGGUCUAGUUCUCGAGUCCCCGUUGACUUUGUUAGUUCAACUUUAGGUAUCUCCGUUUUUAUGUCCUUGGUAUUGUUGGACUAGUUUUUUUAGUCGACGCGGUAUGACAUCGAUCACUUAGCCUCUAUCCAGACCACCGGGCGCUUAUAAUAAUAUCGACUCCUCCGAGCUUCGAAUCUUGUGACAGAGCCAUAUUUCUCUCGUCAGAACUCGUCGUGCAGCAUCGGGUCGCUUGGGCUUUUCUCGGCUGGCCUCGUUGACCUCGUCAUUCCCAUACUCAUCUACUAAUUAGCCAUGUCUUUUGAUUCUACCCAUUCGUUCAAGGCCUCGCCCGGCGUGAUCCCGAUCGCGCCGUGGCAGGCUUUUGACAAGGUCUGGAUGUCGGUUACGGGAUAUCAUGCAAAUGAGUUUAAAUUCGCUCAAGGAGUUACUCCCAUGUCGACUCUGACCGAGACUGUGGGCAUGAUUGUCCUCUAUCUCGUCGUCAUCUUCGGGGGGCGCGAGUUUAUGCGGAACCGCGAGCCUCUCAAGUUGAACGGUCUUUUCAAGGCUCACAACUUGUUCUUGACCCUGCUGAGUGGUGGCCUCCUGGUUCUCUUCAUUGAGCAACUGGUUCCGACUAUCUGGAAGCACGGCCUCUACCAGAACAUCUGCGACGCUGAGGGCUGGACUGACGAGCUCGUAACGCUCUACUAUCUCAACUACAUUACCAAGUAUAUCGAGCUUAUUGACACUGUGUUUUUAAUGGUGAAGAAGAAGCCUCUUACCUUCCUUCACACGUAUCAUCAUCCGGCAACGGCGCUACUUUGCUACACUCAGCUGAUCGGCCACACGUCGGUCUCGUGGGUCCCCAUUACUCUGAACCUGACCGUGCACGUGGUGAUGUAUUGGUACUACUUCCAGAGCGCCCGAGGCGUCAAGGUGUGGUGGAAGGAGUGGAUUACCCGCAUGCAAAUUGGACAGUUCAUUCUCGAUCUUGGAUUUGUGUACUUCGCAUCGUGGGACUACUAUGCUAGCGCUCACGCUCCGUAUCUCCCUCAUCUGGGGCGAUGCGCAGGUGAACCUUUUGCGGCUAUCUGUGGGUGCCUGAUCUUGAGCUCGUAUCUGGUACUCUUUAUCAUGUUCUACAUUGCCACCUACAAGAAGUCAUCCUCGCGCAAGGCCAAUACGAAGUCUGACAAGGCGGCCGUAUCGUCGAUGAAGCAGAGCGCCGCUAAGGUUGCCGACAGCUGCAGUGGGGUGGAACACAUGAACAGCUCCAUCGUUUCGAGGAAGUGAUAUUUUCUUAGCUUUUCCUUUUCAAUGCUCAUCGCUUGGAUAUUAGCAUGGACUGUGGAUACACCUAAUCAUUGUCUUCAAA